AUGGCAAACAAAAGAAUGCGAAAGCUAAUACAAAAUAGCCAAAGACGAUCUACGAGAGAAGAAUCGAGUAAUAGAGGAGUUGAUCAUGAAAAUGAAUCACAAGAUACAACAUCUCAUUCACCAUUAGAGCUACAAAAUGAGGAGGUUAAUGAGCAAGAUGAAAAUGAGAUCAUGUCUUCAUCCCAAGCUCAGAAAAGAAAACGUGGCAAGACUAUUAUGAGAGAUAUUCAUGCAUUACAUCCCGAUCAUAUGCUGGAAGUGAAAUUCAAUGAAAGGGGACAGCCUUACGGUGAUCUACAACCGACUCUUGCAAAUUUUAUUGGGACUAUUGCACGGAAUGGAGUUGUGUUGCCCCUGAGCUUUUUAGAUUGGAGAAAAAUGCCGACAAAUCACUUGAAUGAUGCAUGGAAACUUGUUACUAAGAGUUAUAAUGCAAAUGAUGGGGCUGCGUGGAGAAGGUGGAGGACCGAAGUGAAAGCUACAUCUUAUGAUUCAAAUACUCCACUAGAAGAGUUUGUUGCAAUACAACCCAUUCCUCAUGGCUUGACACUUCAAACAUGGGAAGUUUUAUGUAACUAUUGGAAGUCUACCGAGAAUUUACUUAAAGAGACUGUGGAUCGUCACCUUCAAGAUAAACCUGAAGGAACACAACCAAUAGAAGUCCAUGAGGAGGCAUUUCGUGAGGUUUUUGGACCCGAGCAUUCUGGUCGGGUACGAUGUUUAGGAGCUGGUGCGCUGCCUAGUCAAGUGUUCCCAGAGCUAUGUAAACGUAGCUCAAUGUAUUGGCAAGACUAUCACUCUAAUUCAGAUAUGACGGACAAAUUUAAGGAAAUGGGAGAGAAAAUUAAAGAUAUGGAGUUGCGAGAAGCACAACGACAAAUGGAAAUAGAGCAGAUGAAAAGACAAAUGAAAGAAAAUGAUCAAUUUCAAAAUUUUGCACGGGUAAUGCUCAAUAUGAUGUCGGGUAGUGCUGGAGGUUCUCAUGGACCUGAAUCAUUACCGGCACAGGUUGCUAUUGAAGGUUGGAGCAAAUGCCUUUUGUCGCUUGAAGCAAAUGUCUUUUGA